UGCAGGCUCGCCUCUCUCCCGUCUCACACACACACACACCACCGGACCGAUCACAUCGGAGGGAGGCAUGGAAUGACUGACUGCCAGUUUUUUUUUUUUUUUUUUUGCAUGGUCUGAAUUUCGGGGGGAAUUCGCACGUCGGACAGGAGGGGAGUCCAGAGCGAAGACAAAAAGGAGGCUCUCCGUCUCCCCCCACCCCGAGGGAAUUUAUUUUACAGAGGUAUGCCAGUGCCUGAGGUGGCGUCUGACACUGCCAGCGCUGCCACCAUGUUGAGCCCGGUCCUCAAUGCCUCCAACGGAGACGGCUCUGAGUCUGAAACCACCUCCGCAAUCCUCGCCUCCGUCAAGGAACAGGAGUUGCAGUUUGAACGUCUGACCAGGGAGCUGGAAGCUGAACGACAGAUUGUUGCCAGUCAGCUGGAGAGAUGCAAGCUUGGCUCUGAGACUGGAAGCAUGACAAGCAUCAGUUCAGCAGAUGAAAAAUUCCGCUGGAACAACCAAGAUGGACAGAAGGACAUAGAGGAAGAGCUGACAACAGGCCUGGAGCUGGUGGACUCGUGCAUCCGGUCGCUCCAGGAAUCGGGCAUCUUGGACUCACAGGACACCUCUACAGGAGACAGACAAGGACUCCUGUCCCAAAGCGCUCUGCAGCUCAAUAACCAAGAUGUCUAUGCAGGAGCUGGUUACCAUAGUAACCAAGGCCUGGCACUUGGGGAAACAGUCACAGGUCGCGGCGGGCAGGUUGGCGGGGCAGUUCACAGCUAUAACCAGGUGACAUCCAGCCGUGCAGCUGCCCAGUUCGUGGGGACAGACUCUCCCUCCCAGUCCCAGAGAGACUCAUUUGCCCAACAGGCCCAUGGCAGCGCCUUUCACAUGCCCACCGAGGGAGGACCUGCACCUGCUGGACCGUCCAUGUAUUACUCUUGUGCCACUUUACCUGCACAGCGUGUCAGCUCCCCUCUACAGGUGGUAGGGUCCCCUACCAAGCUGCAGCGCCUGGGAUCAGCCUCCUCUGACAUGCCCAGCUACGCCACGCUACAGAGGGUGUCCUCGCCCAAACAGUCACCCAGCCGACUCGCCAAGUCCUACAGCACCUCAUCGCCCAUCAACAUGGUAGCAUCGGGCGCUGCUGGCUCUUCCUCACCCCUCCCCAUGGCCGCCUCCCCAGGAGGCAACCACACCUCGUCGCCCAUCCACCAGCUCAGCUCAGUAGUGGGAAGCUACGCCACGCUGUCGCCCACCAAGCGCAUGCUGCAUCACAUCGGACCGGACGGCUACAAGAUUUCCCACGAGCUGUACGCCAACGCAACCCUGCAAAGGCCUGGUAGCCUGGCAGGUAGAGGCUCCAGAGGUUCCUACAGCAGCCAGCACAGUCACCUGGGAGCUGAGCUUCGACCUCUGCAGUCCCCUGAACACCACAUUGACCCAAUCUAUGAAGACAGAGUCUACACCAAACCCAGCCUUAGAGGACAAGCCCCGCCCUCUCCUGGUGUCGACCCAAUCCCCUUGCAGCGAACGGGAAGCCAGAGCGCUACCGGCACCUUUCAGCGAGGCAGCUUCGCCACAGGAGGCGGGGCAGCUGACUACGCCAACCCGUAUCGCACGCUGCAGUUCUGCCCGUCCACUGAGUCGCCUUACAGCAAGUCAGGCCCUGCCCUCCCCCCUGAGGCUGCCCUGGGCCGCUCUCCAUCUGUAGACAGCAUCCAGAAGGAUCCAAGGUACGACCCCGAAUUCCUUGUGUGGAAUCAAAAUCAAGCCGAGCAAAGAAUGACAAAGGAGUUUGGCUGGAGGGAUCCAGAGCUGCCAGAGGUAAUCCAGAUGUUGCAGCAUCAGUUCCCAUCAGUCCAAUCCAACGCUGCUGCCUACCUCCAGCACCUCUGCUUCGGAGACAACAAGAUCAAAUCUGAGAUCCGGCGGCAGGGUGGCAUCCAGCUGCUUGUGGACCUGUUGGACCACCGGAUGACUGAUGUUCACCGCAGCGCCUGCGGAGCCCUGAGGAACCUGGUUUACGGCAAAGCCAAUGACGACAACAAGAUCGCCCUGAAGAACUGUGGAGGCAUACCCGCUCUGGUCCGACUGCUCCGGAAGACCACAGAUGUGGAGAUACGAGAACUUCUCACAGGUGUUCUGUGGAACCUAUCAUCAUGCGAUGCCCUGAAGAUGCCCAUCAUCCAGGAUGCCCUAGCCGUGCUGACCAACGCUGUGAUCAUCCCUCACUCGGGCUGGGACACCUCCCCGCAUACACAGGAGGACCGCAAACUGCACCUACACUCCUCCCAGGUCCUCCGCAAUGCCACGGGCUGUCUCCGAUGUGCUAUUGGUUCCAAUCCAUCAAACAUGAAUGUGAGUUCGGCUGGUGAGGAGGCCCGCAGGAGAAUGAGGGAGUGUGAGGGGCUGACAGACGCUCUGCUCUAUGUCAUCCAGACCGCUCUGGGGAGCAGUGAGAUUGACAGCAAGACUGUAGAGAACUGUGUGUGCAUCCUGAGGAACUUGUCGUACCGUCUGGCGGCAGAGACAUCUCACAGCCAGCAGGGGGGAUCGGAGGAGCUGGAUGGUCUGUUGUGUGACACCGGCGGGAAGGACGCUGAGAGUUCUGGAUGCUGGGGCAAGAAGAAGAAGAAAAAGAAGGGACACGACCAGUGGGACGGUGUCGGCCCAUUUCCAGACUUGGCGGAGCCCCCGAAAGGCAUCCAGAUGUUAUGGCACCCCACUAUUGUCAAGCCCUACCUCACACUGCUGUCUGAGUGCUCCAACCCAGACACCCUGGAGGGAGCAGCUGGGGCCCUGCAGAACCUGGCUGCUGGCAGCUGGAAGUGGUCGGUGUAUAUCCGAGCUGCGGUGCGUAAGGAGAAGGGCCUACCCAUCUUAGUGGAGCUGCUGAGGAUAGACAAUGACCGGGUGGUGUGUGCUGUGGCCACUGCGCUGAGGAACAUGGCUCUGGACAUCAGGAACAAGGAGCUCAUUGGUAAAUACGCCAUGAGGGACCUGGUGCACCGUUUGCCUGGAGGCAGCAACAACAACAACAGCAGCGGCACUGGAGGAGGAGGUGGAGGGGGCGCCAACAACAGCGGCCUGAUGGGGAAGACCAUGUCGGACGACACCAUCACAGCUAUCUGCUGCGCGCUGCAUGAGGUCAUCACCAAGAACAUGGAGAACACCAAGGCUCUGAGGGACGCCGGCGGCAUCGAGAAGCUCAUCGGCAUCGCCCGCAGCAAAGGAGACAAAAUUCCUAGACAUAGUCCUAAAGUGGUGAAAGCAGCAUCUCAAGUCCUGAACAGCAUGUGGCAAUACAGAGACCUCCGCAGCCUCUACAAGAAGGAUGGCUACUCUCAGUACCACUUUGUCGGCUCCUCCUCCACGAUAGAAAGAGACAGACAGCGACCUUACUCUUCCUCCCGUACUCCGUCCAUCUCUCCCGUACGGACCUCACCCAACAAUCGAUCAGCAAGCGCGCCCGCUUCCCCAAGGGAGAUGAUGGUCAUGAAGGAGAGGAAGGCAGACUAUGAGACGACUGGCAAUGCCAGUUACCAUGGCAACAAGGGCGAGCACACAUCCCGGAAGGAUGCCAUGACGAGUCAAAUCUCUGGUGGCUCUUCAACACUACACAGAGGAGCGUACGUGUCGCCUACUGAUGACCUGAAGUAUAAUCAGGUCUCUUGUCAAGGCUUGCCAUCAGAGCCCUACCCUCCUUUCCAAAACCCUCCGCCGCCCGACAGCGGCAACUACGAGGACCAGGCCUUCUACGAGAACCAGGUUCACGUGGGAGGGCGCCCCCCGCAGGGUGAACUCAACAUGCACCUGCAGGGCCUCAAGUCCACCGGCAACUAUGUAGACUUCUACUCAGCCUCGCGGCCCUACAGUGAGCUCAACUACGAGACCAGCCACUAUCCAGCCUCACCAGACUCCUGGGUGUGAGGGGGGAGGUGGAGGAGGAGGGGGAGAGAAUGGACGAAGGGAAAAAGGACAGUGAAUGAGUUUAAAAAGAUGGAGGAAACAAGAUAAGAGGACAGUCCCUUCUUCCCCAUCCUCCUCCCUAGUUCCUGAGUAGCAUCAUACAGUAGGCAGCAGGGCGACAGAGGAGGAUGGAGCACAACAAAGGAGAUGUGAGGAGAAAAUAUGGGACAUACUCUUUUCAGAAGGAGGGAGAGAGGGACAAAGGAGGACCAGAGGCAAACGGAGGAGCGGCCAUGCAUGUGCAUGCACACCACCAACAAAAACCGACGGACACAUUUUCUCUCUGUGUUUAGUUUGUGAUCAACAACUGCUGGAGAAGGUUGAGCGGACAGAAAGACCUCAUGCACCUGAAGGCCUCUGGAUACAGCACGUAAAAGAGAUGGACGUGGUGAGAGAGAAAAUGAAGGAAAAGCGUAAAAGAAGAAGUGGGAACUACUGUAAUAUUGAGAUGAAGAAGGACGAUGGAUGAUAGAAACGGAUGAGUGGACUCAGGGACGGACGGUUUUGGAUCGCGAGUGGAAUGUGGGAGAAAGCUGUAAAUAUGUGGUAUAGCAACAUGGCUUUUAGUAAUGUGAAGCACAAGAGGCAAAGCUGUAGGACAUGUAGAACGUCUGUCACACAAACCUUUCUUUCUUUCUAUGGCUUCAGUGUGAUGUUUCCUCCUCUGGGCAAAGAACGCUUCUGGACUUUGUCAUUUGAACAGGUUUUUUUCUUUUUGUUGUGUUUCUACUUUUUUAAUUCUGGAUUCUGGUUGUAUAGUAUUUGAUGUACAUUGUACAUUUACCAAGAUGCAUUGUGUUCUGUACAUUGCACUAUUUUCUGUGUCAUGUCAGGCCUUUCGCCACUGGGUCAACCUCACUUCCCUCACCUACUACCCACACACAUACACAGUGCACUCAUACUGUCUGAACUCAUAUCACAGACUGAUGUCAACACAUAAAACGCUGAAUAUGAAUUAGGCAAUGAAUCAUUUCUGGUAGGAAGGAUCCAGUAUUCCUCUUACUGCCCUGCAGGUAGCGUUCACAGAGUAGAACAGCUGCCAAACACCUGAAGAGUAGCUCAAAUUGUUUCCUCGACAAACUCGUGUUUUGUAGGGCUAUCUUUGGGGAUUUGGCAGCCAUCUUCCCACAUUAACGCCUCAAAUCCCCCAUUUUUUGUUCCCAUGAGCCGUUCCUUCGAGCAAACUGUGCUCCUCGUGUAUAUAACCGUGCCAAACAUGGGUUAUUCCCCCCUCAGCCAAGGGGGAGGAGGUAAUGGGUCGAGUUAAAAGGGUCCAAGUUCUGCUGAAGCUUUUAGCGGAACAUCCUCAUGGUUCUAACAAUGCCAGUUUGUAAAUGCUUUGGUUUUUCUAAACUGUGUUUUACUGGGAUGAAAUUGUCUCACCGAUGCACCAGGAACGGGGAGAAAAAUUCAAAUGAAAACUAAAAAACAAAAAAAACCGAAGGAAGAAAAAAAGAAAGAAGAUAACUGUAGAGGGACUGUGACUGGACAGAACCUCGCUUCCUCCAAAGUUGUACAAAUUAGUUGAUUUCUGUGUUGUAAAAUAAUCAAUGUUUGAAGUACAAAAAAAACUUUUCUGAGAGAUGGGUGGCCAUUCUAACUUCAUGGUAGACAAAACUGUUAAUAGAGUCUGGAUAUAUAUUAUAUAAAUAUAAAUAUAUACUUUUUAUGUGCAGACGUGGAUGUCACUUAUAGCAGCAACAUUAUGGUAAAAUACUUGUAAAAAAAAAAAAAUUACAGCAACAUGUAGGAAUUUCGUUCACAUUUUAUUUCCUGGUCAAAACACUAAAUUGUCGACUUUGUGUAGUAAUGUUGUUGCUAUGUGGAGUAGAGUAGACCAGGGCCCAGGGAUCCACGUUGUCACUGAAGCAGUCCAACAAGGUGCUAUGUCCGCCAGAAGUAUUUACAACAAGUAAAUACAUGUCACAUCAAAACUAUUGAGGGUUUUUUUUUUUUACACCUCAGAGGUGACCGUUUGAAAUCACGUCACAGAAAACAUUCACAGUUGUUUCCUCUUUAAAGUGUGUUUCCCGUGCAUGAAACUCCCUAUUCUGAACAAUUGGUAUCAUUAUGCUUAAGAGUGAAAAACUGCAUCCAUGAACGCAUGAGUGUUUGUUGUCAGUAAAUCUGAAGGUUAAUGGUUUCUGUAUUUUUUUUGUAAGCGAGAAAGGCUAAAUUGCAAAAACAGUGACAACAGACCCUGGUUUUCUUUACCCACUGCUGUUUAGAAGUCUUCUUCUGAUGCUUGAAAAACCACUCAUGAUGCAACUGUCCCCACUGAAACACUGGAUGACGAGCAGACGUACUGUAUUUGUUAGUGAGCAUCUGGAAACUGACAACGUUAUGUAUGUCCUUGUGAUCCUUAGGCAGAAAAACCUGACUGUAAGACCUGUAUGAAGAUAUAACAUUGGUAAACUUUUUUGUUGCUAGACCAAACGUGUUUUAAAAAGAGAAUUGUGAAUCUUUCUAUUGCCUCAAACAGAUUGCAACUGCUCCAAAAAAUAUAAACGGGCCAUCAAAGAA